AUAAACCUCUCAAGUACAAACAACAACAAAGGCCGGAACAGCAACCAGCAGUCACUAAAUGCUAUUGCUGUGGCAAAACGGGCCACGAGACGAGUUCGUGUAAAUAUCGAGACCGACGUUGUGACUUCUGCCAUAAGAAAGGCCACCUGGAGCGAGCAUGUAUUAAGAAGAAGAACCUGUCGAAUAAAUUCCUUGGAGAAGCCAGCGACAGCAGCACCGGAGCCGACGACGAUCUCAGCGAUACGAACAGCGAGUACGACACAGCGAGCAACAACAACCACAUCGAGUUCCACAACAUCAACGAAGGUGAAAGAGUAAGCGAUUGUAAUGCGAUCUGCGCCGAACCGAUGUUUUUCGACGUUGAAAUCAACGGUAAAACAGUCGAGAUGGAAUUCGACUCGGGUACGUUCUAUAGCGUGAUGUCGGAAAAAUUCGCAAACAAAACAUUCGAAAAUACGAAAGUUAGCGACUCGCAGAUAAAAUUAGUAUCGUAUGAAAAUAAAACGAUGGAACCGCGAGGCCAGUUAAAAGACUUGAAGGUUACUUUUAAUAACAAAACAAAAACACUGAACUGCUUGAUUUUGAAAGGCGAUAAAGUACCGCUAAUCGGCAGACAGUGGCUAGCAGCAUUCGGGCUUUGGCCAUUAGAUAAACUUUUGAAUUCGGAUAUCGUCGCGAAAAGUAAACAAAGUAUUCAUAACAUACGAGCCGAUGGCGUACGCCAGAAAAUUUUAGGAGAAUUCAAAAUUUUAUUUAGCGAGACGCCAGGCGUAUAUAACAAGCGUGAAAUUAAAAUACAUCUAAAACCACAUGUAAAACCGGUAGCGCUUGGAGCAAGGCAUAUGCCGUUCGCGUUACGACCAAAAGUCGAACAAGAAAUAGAUCGACUAAUUAAAUUAGGUAAUUUAGAGAGAGUAGAGUCAAGCGAAUGGGCAACACCCAUCGUACCUGCUCAAAAAUCAGACGGUAAAAUUAGAAUCUGCGGAGAUUUUAGAGUUACACUAAACCCGCAUUUGCAAAUAACAAAACGUCCGUUGCCUAAAAUUGAUGAUAUUUUUGCAGUCAUGAAAAACGGUAUUAAAUUUUCGCAGCUAGAUCUGCCACACGCGUAUAUGCAGUGUGCAGUAGAAAAAGAAUCGCGAAAAUACCUAACAAUAACCACACACACCGGAUUAUUUCAAUUUACACGCAUGAUGGAAGGGAUAAGCAUUGCUCCAAGCGAGUUUACACACAUUAUGUCCGAAUGUUUGCAGGGCAUUCCAAAUGUAAUCAAUUAUAUGGACAAUAUUUAUGUAACCGGCAAAACCGACGAAGAGCACUUCGAAAACUUGAGAACUAUUUGUCAACGACUAACAGAGCGCGGACUUCGAUUAAACGGAAAAAAAUGCGACUUCAUGAAGGAUAGAAUAGAGCUCUUGGGCUACGUAAUAGAUAAAGACGGAUUACAUAAGGCGAAAUCAAAAAUUGAAGCAAUGUACGGAGCACCGCGCCCCGAGAACACAAAACAGCUGGAAUCGUUCAUCGGACUAAUUAACUUUUACGAGAGAUUUUUAAAAAAUAGAUCCGUUAUGCUAAAACCACUUUACGAUUGUGCGCGACAAGAAAAAUUCGAAUGGACCGAGGAAUGUGAAAAAGCUUUUUUGUGG